UAACGUUUAUGUUUAUAUUAUUUAUGCUGUGCGUGAAAGUUCCAAAAUAAUUUUCCUAUAAGUGAUUCGUGAAUCUGUGCAUCUAUUUUUGCAUCAGGGAACUAAAGCAAGCUCCUUUCACCCAAAUGCAAUGACUUGCUCCUUCUGUAACAAAAGUGCUUCCAAACAGUAUUAUUUAUGUGACUGCUGCUUGGUGAAUGUGGAACGCUGCAAUGCUACUGCGAAAAACUUGUUCCUUGCUCAGGAAAAGUCAGUGCCUGUUAUACCACCGGAGGAAGAUGCCGGUGGACGGACGAUCGAGUGUGAUUUAUAUCUUGGAAGAUACCAGGAGGAUGAGUUGCUGCAACAUCGGGAAAGGUGCACGACACUAUUGGUGUUCCGAUGUGCCGUUUGCCACCAGGACUACAUGAGCAAGGAGGGACUGUGGAAUCAUCUGGAUCUACACGAGGUUGCUGACGAGAAUAAACAAAUGGAGUAUCAAGAACUGAGACUAGCAAACUGUCUACUCAAAUGCGUACUUUGCAAUGAUCAACGCGGUUAUCGGGAAAGGCUCUAUUGGCAGCACGUUCAUGAAGAUCACGAUGGCUUCUUCCUGCAGUGUUCAGAAUGCGAGGAAUGCUUCCGAUCGCAAAAGCUUCUGACUGAUCACGCCCUGAACCAUUGCAAUGCUAGAGAGCAAGCAGUACCCUCGAUUUCUGACGGCACAAUUGCUGAUCAAAAGUAUGUAGAUUCUCAAUUCAGCGAGAGCUCACAUGAUGAUAGCAACCCUAGCCACAUGGAGGACAUUGUGGGUGUACAUGAUAUGGAUAAGCCCCUUAUCAAUACGGACACGGAAAUCACGCAGCCAUUUGUAGAGAAACUGUCUAGCGGUUCAUCCGCUACCAAAUGCCCUCAUUGUGGCAAAGAGUGUUUUGAUAAAACACUUCUAGCCCAUCACAUUAAAUAUCGCCAUCCGCCGACCGAGUGCGAUGUCUGCGGUAUUAUAUUCACCAGCAUAAACCAAGCUCGAUAUCAUAAGUUGAAACACCAUACGGAACAGAAGCACAAAUGUCCGAUGAAUUUUCAUCAGAAAACUGAAUAUCAACAUCAUUUGUCCAAGCACCUGGAGAAUAGAAACAUCCCCAGCGAAAUAAAACAAACACACCACACAACUACCAUUCUACCUGAUCCCAAAGGCUGCAGUGAGCCUGAUAAGCAUCAAGAGCAAGAGUCCGAUGUAAAUGCAUUGCAAGGCCGAUAUGAAUUUGUUGCAAUCAAGGAGGAAAUUUCAGCCGAGGAAACAACGCUGCUGGAACAAGAAAACAAUGUUGAUGGUGAUGCCACCAUAAUCAAUUGUCCGAUUUGUGGUGGACAAUUCGGUAACAAGGACGGAAACCAUCUUGCCAUUCAUGUCGAAGUGAUUCAUCAGCUUUCAAUAUGUACCAUUUGCGGAAUUAUCUUCUCCACUGCUGAUGAGCUUAAAGACCACAAGGAUCAGCAGCAUAGUGCGCUGUGUUUUAAUAGAGACAUCGCAUCGCAUCGCAUCGCACAUCGCAAGAGCACAUCGAACCCUGAACCAGUCGAAACGGUCAAACCUAGAAGUUCACACUAUGCUAGUUCUGUUUUUGAAAAUCCGAAACCAGUAGCAGCGACUGUUCAUGAACCCGAUCCAUCAUACCGUGCUGAUGAGGAUGUCUCCAACGGUAGUUCUUUCGACGGCUGGGAAAUCUAUAGCACCGUACCGGUAAAGGAAAUAGAAUCGUACGUGCUGUCAAUCGAGUUUGGCUUCCGGUUCAAAUCUCAAAAUAUACCCUACAAAGGAAAGAUGCGAUAUUACGAUUGCCGGCGAAUAAAGUGCCGUGUCGUUCCACAAUGUGACAGAAAACUGCUAGUAUUCAUACCAAACACCGAUGCGGAUGCUACCAUUAGUCUGAAGGGCAAGCAUACAUGCGCAACUGCUCCGCCCAAGAAUUUAGCUCGCGCAAAGCUCAAUGAAAAGGACUGUGAACUUAUAACGAAUUUAGUUAAAUCUGGAGUACCAUCUAGGGAUGUGAGAAAGCACUUCAGAGUAGUGAAUAGAGCAGUCUCGAAUAAUCAGCUAAGAUAUGCUGUUCAAUCGGCGCUGAAAACGUUUCAACUGCAAAAUACAGUAUCAAUUUCCAGCAGUGCAACCGCGGAAAAUAGGUUGACUACCAACACCAAGAGGAUAAUACCAGAGGACGACGACGACGAGGUAGAGAUGGGUGAAUGCGAUAUCUGCCUUGAGGGGUACCAAAAGGAUGAACUGCAGGAGCACCGAGACACAUGCAUGGCACGGGUAAUUUUUCGGUGUGCCGUUUGCAACGGAGACUACGUGAGCAUGGAGGGACUGUGGAAUCAUUUGGUUGAGCAUGAGAUUCCAAAUGAAAGUAAAGAUUUGUACUACGAGGAGAUAAGAGUAACUUACAACUUGCAUAAAUGUGUACUGUGCAACGAUCAACGUGGUUAUCCGGAGAGUGUGUACUGGAACCACAUUCACGAAAAUCACGAUGGAUUCUUUUUGCGGUGCUUGGAGUGUGGGGAAAACUUUAGAUCUGAAAAACUAAAGACUGAUCACACGCUUAACCAUUGCAAGACAAGGAACUCAUCGUACUCUGGUGGAUUGAACAGUACAGUCGUACAGGUAGAACUACCGCAGAAAAGCCGGAGCAUUGUGUCGGAGAAGAACAGAGAAAGGUCAUUGGAUACAAAACAACUCAAUAGUGGUAUAUGCCGUUCGAGAUGUGAUUUGUGUUAUCGUGUAUUUACCAAAUUGAGCAACUAUAACUACCAUAUGCUCACCUUCCACUCGGCUCCACAGCAUCAGUGUCCACAGUGUUCGCAGAAAUUUCACUUGGAGGACACCCUUCAACGCCACAUAAUUCAACAUGCAGAAGAAAAAUGCAAAGCGGAAUCGGAAUCCGUUGGUUCCAGUGGGUGCAGCUCAGCUUUGGGUCAAGGGAAUGAAUCAAAUGUGCUUAAAGAAGAGGAUGAACCGAAUGCUGCCAACCAUACUGCCAUGAGUUCUAUUCAAGAAGAUGAAAAUUCCCAAAUUCGUAACAACGCAUCUGAGGAGGAUAAUUGCACCAGUUUAGAUGGUCUUGAAAAGAAUGAAUCCGAGUGGAUUCUGAGUUCUAGCACACAAAGCUCAUGUGAAUCUUCCAAUGUAAAGUGUACUCACUGUAGUAAAGAGUUCUUUAGUGAAACGUCGCUCAUUAAUCAUAUUGAUAGGUUUCAUAAAUCGAUUACAUGUGAUAUCUGCGGAACUAGUAUAAGUGGUAAAAAACAACUAUGUUUUCAUAAGCUGACAUAUCACACAAAACCGCCGUACAAAUGUCGCGACUGUCCAAAACAAUUUCAUCAUGUGGGCUUCUAUCAGCGGCAUUUGCUCAAGCAUCUAAACGAAGGAAAGUUCUGUGACUCAUGUCGUCAGACAUUCAACAAUUCAUACAAUUUUGAUUUGCAUAAGGAACAAAACCGUUGUGUCCAGGACGAGGUUCAACAGCAAAAUCCACAGAGUGAAUUAUCUGAAACAAAGUGUCCCCAUUGUAACAAACAAUGUUUCCAUGCAAAAUAUGUCGUUCGUCACAUUGAAAAUAUCCAUCAGCCGAUGUCAUGCGAUGUGUGUGAAGAUACCUUAACUGGUAAAAAUCAACUUCGAUACCACAAGUUGAGAACCCAUUUGAAACCGAAUUACAAAUGUCCUUAUUGUCCGAAAAAGUUCCGCAAGAAGAAUUUUGUUCAGCGUCAUCUAUUCGAGCAUCAGCGCGUUGGAAGGUGUCCAUGCAAGGUUUGUGGUCGCAAGUUUAAAAAUUUAGCAAACCUCAAGGAACACAUGAAACGGAACCAUGGUGUGAAGAUUGCUCAAAUUAGUCCCACAGAUCACAGCGAUCGACUCGGAAAGGAUGAACACGUUGCAGUCAAGGAGAAAAUAUCGUUGCUGAAGAGUGAUGAAAAUCCAGUUUCGGAGGACGACUGUGAGAAAGCACCUACAAGUGGUGAGAAUUCCGGUGACGAGAAUCUUCUCGUUCAACACGUUGAAGAGACCCAUCAAUUGGUCAUUUGUGAGAUAUGCGGAAUGACCUUCGCCAACGCUGAUUUGCUGCAGCAUCACAAGGAAAAAUGCCAUUCAGAACCAAACUGUAACAUUAGCAAGUGUGAAAUUUGCGAUCUCCGAUUUGAAGAAACACACGAAUUGCAGAGUCAUAUGGAGAGUGAUCAUAAUACCGUCCAAGGAUCACCUGCUGCAGAAACAACGGAACAAACAAACCCAAAGUUUCAGUGUCCCCACUGCCCUAGAGAAUUACACACAAAAGUCAGCUACAUGAAUCAUAUGCGAUUUCACAAAAAAGCGAAAAUAUUCUCGUGUAGGUUCUGCACUGUUAAGUGCAAACGUUUAGAUGACCUGAAAGCUCAUAUACAGCGUCAGCACGGUGGCGAAAUCAACAAAUGCAAGGACGUUAUUCCUGUUCAACAUGAUAACACAGACCAGAAAAGCUGAAACAAAGAACAAGGAACAACAUUAGAACCAGAAUAGUACAACAACGAGAGCGUACGUUGAAAGGAACGAAUCAAUUUAUAGUGACACUGCGACUAAAAGUUCCAUAACAAGUAGUACUUUCGGGCAUACCGUAUGUGGAAAUCCGUUUGACAGGAACAAAGAUGUUUC